CGGCCGGGCCAGCUGCGCACGCGGCUGAAGGACGUUGAAGCUGAAGGCUGCGAUCCCGCAGGUGAGCGCAGCACCCUCCAUCCUUGCAGAAGCAGCCACCAUGCCAGUCUCUAAGUGCCUGAAAAAGUCGGAGUCCCUGUGGAAGGGGUGGGACUGGAAGGCCCAGAAGAACGGCCUGCGGCGCCAGGUGUAUGCUGUGAAUGGCGACUACUAUGUGGGCGAGUGGAAGGACAAUGUGAAACACGGGAAAGGAACACAGGUCUGGAAGAAGAACGGAGCCAUCUAUGAAGGGGACUGGAAGUUUGGGAAGCGCGACGGCUAUGGUACCCUCAGCCUUCCUGAUCAACAGACAGGAAAAUGCAGGAGAGUCUACUCAGGCUGGUGGAAAGGUGAUAAGAAAUCGGGUUAUGGGAUCCAGUUUUUCGGACCCAAGGAGUAUUAUGAGGGUGAAUGGUGUGGCAGCCAACGCAGUGGGUGGGGCCGCAUGUACUACAGCAACGGCGACAUCUACGAGGGACAGUGGGAGAACGACAAGCCCAACGGGGAGGGCAUGCUGCGUCUGAAGAACGGGAACCGCUACGAGGGCUGCUGGGAGAGAGGCAUGAAGAACGGGGUGGGGCGUUUCUUCCAUCUGGACCACGGCCAGCUGUUUGAAGGCUUCUGGGUGGACAAUAUGGCCAAGUGCGGGACGAUGAUCGACUUUGGCCGUGACGAGGCCCCUGAGCCCACUCAGUUCCCCAUUCCUGAGGUCAAAAUCCUAGACCCUGAUGGUGUGCUGGCAGAAGCCUUGGCCAUGUUCAAGAAGACAGAGGAAGGAGAUUGAUGCCAGAGAAAAAAAAACCGCUUCAGGAGAAAUUCGAGCCUGCGUCACCUGAUCGCUCAGACCAGUGCGGCUCUGUCUGGAGGAGUCAGCAGCGGCUCCCGGCAUGCCCCUGGCACCCUCAGAGGGCCCCUCACUCCCCCCAGCACUGGGUCGUUCCUUGCCAAUAGGAAGGCCGGUGCUUCUCUCCCAGGCUGGCCUCAAGACCCUCUUCAUUCUCUGAUCUCAUCCUGGAGUGCAUGAGAAUAAAGAAUAACCAGGUGGU